CGCGGGGAGGGAGGGGGCGCGCGUUCUCCGGCUUGUGGGACUUCGGGCCGAGCCCCGGGCCGCCGGGAUGGCGCCUCAGCCGCCUUCGCCCCAGCUGCUGCUUCUGGCAGCCCUUGCGGGGCUCCUAGGUCCCAGUGAGGUGGUAGCUGAGCCAGAGGAGGAAGCGGGGGCCAGUUGUCCCGAGGGCCCGUGGCCUCUGCCCCCACAGGUGUCACCAAGAGUGACCUACACGCGGAUGAGCCCAUGGCCGGCUGAGGAUGUCACCUUCCUCUACCACCCCUGUGCCCACCCUUGGCUGAAGCUCCAGCUUGCCCUCCUGGCCCACGUUUGUGUGGCCCAGCCCUCACUGGCCCCGGACUCCAGCCUUACUCAGGAGCGGCCCUUGGUGCUGGCAGCAUGUGGGGUGGUGCUGGAGAUGGCAUGGAUAGAGCCAGCCUGGGCUGCCCACUGGCUGAAGAAGCGGUGGCGGCGGCGGAGGAGGCUGAGGAAGGAGAAGGCAUGGUUCUGCUCUGACGGUCUUUCUGGGUCUUCUCCCUUGGUGCCAAGGCCAGGUAGAGGGAGGCUGUGCCGGAGAGGGUGUCUGCAGGCCCCAGCUUUGGCUUUUACCCUGCGGAGCUGGCGGCCCCCAGGUGUGGAGGAGGCAGCUGGAGGGUCCAGGCACCUCUCUCCUGGCGGUGCCAAGAGGCGUGGGCUGCGGGCCGCUCUCGGUCUCCAGCCCACGCCCUCAGCCCCGAGGCUCCCCCCUGCCUCUCCACGGAGCUCGGAGGCCAAGCAGCCCAUGCCGGCAGCCCGGGGUGAGGGGAGUGAUGCCCCAUCUGUGCCCACUCUCCCCUUGAUGCAUGAGGGGCCCAGAGGCAAUGCCAGCUCCAGGAUAGAGGCUCAAGUGCUCAAAGGGCAAAGCAGCCCAGGGGGCUGUACCUGUCCAAGUGAGGCUUCCCCAGCCCCUCGGGCAGCAGUGCCCCCGCGGGUAGCCCGGGGCCCUACCCCGCGCACGGAGGAGGCUGCUUGGGCGGCCAUGGCCCUGACCUUCCUGUUAGUGCUGCUCACUCUGGCCACGCUCUGCACACGGCUGCACCGAAACUUCCGACGGGGGGAUAGCAUCUACUGGGAGCCCACAGCGGACAGCCAGGACACGGUGGCUGCUGUGCUGAAGCGGAGGCUACUGAUGCCCCCGCGCCGGGUCAAGCGCUCCCGCCGGAGACCCCUCCUCCCGCCCACGCCGGACAGCGGCCCGGAUGGGGAUAGCUCCGACUGACUUGACCCGAGCCCUGCCACUUUGGCGGAUUUGGUUUCGCCGCGCCUGGUGAGGCCGCGACCUCUGCCACGUGGACCCUGCGCAGGACCGCCCCCUGGUGGCCAGAUGGAGCAGUCCUGCCUAAGCAUUGCAAACGGGCUUGUUCUUAAGGUGUGGUUGGCUGGGGGCUGCGGGGGUGGGGGAGGGAUGGGCUGUGUUUCUAAUUAAAUUAUUUUGGUAGA